AUGUACAUAAACUCAAAAAUGGCAAACAACAUUCCUCCUGGGUAUCACGUUGAAGUUGUGGGGGACGCUAGAUUUGUGGUACCUUUACGGUACUCUAAUUUAAAGCCCAUUGGUUCUGGAGCUCAGGGCUUUGUUGUAGCUGCCUAUGAUUCAGUACUCAAACAAGAUGUUGCCAUUAAAAAAUUGGCUCGUCCUUUUCAAAAUGUUACACAUGCCAAACGUGCCUAUCGUGAAUUUGUUUUGAUGAAACUGGUGAACCACAAAAAUAUCAUAUCAUUAUUAAACGCAUUUACUCCUCAACAAACAUUGCAAGAUUUUCAAGAUGUUUAUUUGGUGAUGGAGUUUAUGGAUGCCAAUUUGUGUCAGGUGAUCAAUCUUGAUUUAGAUCAUGAACGAACCUCAUAUCUACUGUAUCAAGUCUUAUGUGGUGUAAAACAUUUACAUGCAGCCGGUAUAAUCCAUCGAGAUUUAAAACCUAGUAAUAUUGUUGUAAAACAUGAUUGUAGUUUGAAAAUUCUGGAUUUCGGUUUGGCUCGUACAGCUGGAGAUAGCUUUUUGAUGACUCCAUAUGUUGUAACUCGUUAUUAUCGUGCUCCAGAAGUUAUUUUAGGUAUGGGUUAUUCUGAAAAUGUAGAUAUUUGGUCAGUUGGUUGUAUAUUUGCUGAAAUGGUUUUAGAAAGAAUUCUAUUCCCCGGUUAUGAUCAUAUUGAUCAAUGGACUAAAAUUACCGAAGAACUUGGAACACCAGGACCAGAAUUUAUGAAUCGUUUAGAAUAUGCUGUUCGUAAUUAUGUAAUGUCACGUCCAAAAAAUGAACCACGUUCAUUUACUGAACUUUUUCCAGAUGAUCGUUUCCCUCCACCUAGCACUGAUCAUGAAACACUAAACGCUGACCAAGCUCGAGACUUAUUAAGUAGAAUGUUAGUAAUUGAUCCAUUACAAAGAAUUUCAGUUGAUGAUGCUCUUCAUCACCCAUAUAUACACGUAUGGUACGAAGACUCUGAAGUAAACGCGCCACCGCCAGCUCCAUAUGAUGAUUCACUUAGUGAAAGAAAUUUAUCAGUUGAAGAAUGGAAAGCGCGUAUAUUUCAUGAAGUAAAAGAAUUCGAAGCUAAAGAAUCUCAUAUACGUAAUGUUCAAAAUUAA